AUAGGUUAGACACCAAAGCCUCUUCUUCAUAUCCCUGACCACUUGGUUAAUUUCAUUCUCUUACGAAAAAUUUCACUGUCAUUUCCUUGCUUUUCAGCUUUUUUUUCACCAAAAAGAGUUAGGAAUUCAUGUCUCCCCCUGCAAUGGCAAUGGCAAACUAUGAUGCAACAGAAUCUGAGUUCCAGAAAGGAGUGAAACAUCUUUUUGAAAAUGGAGUUAGUAAACUUCCUAAUAAGUAUGUAUUGCCUGUAUCUGAUCGACCCAAUGAAGAUAAAGAGCAGCCAAAUGUGUCUAAGUCUAAUCUUAAACUGCCCAUAAUCGAUAUCGCUGAAUUACAAGGCCCAAACAGGUCCCACGUCCUCAACUCCCUCUCCUCUGCUUGUGAAGAAUAUGGGUUUUUUCAGGUGGUAAAUCAUGGCAUCCCCAUUGAAGUUAUAAGAAGCGUGAUGGAUGUGAGCACCAGAUUCUUUGGGCUCCCGUAUGAGGAAAGAGCAAAGUACAUGUCCCCUGACAUGGUCUCACCUGUUCGAUAUGGAACUAGCUUAAACCAGACCAAAGAUACUGUGUUCUGUUGGAGAGACUUCUUAAAGCUUGUCUGCCAUCCAUUAGCAGAUGUUCUCCCUCAUUGGCCUUCCUCUCCCCCGGACUUCAGGGAAUUGGCUACUACCUACGUAAAAGAAACCAAGUACCUGUUCCUAAGGAUCACGGAGGCCAUCCUGGAAAGCCUGGGGCUGUGGCGUGCCACCCAGGACAAGACACCAGAAGACGAUGAAAUACUAAAGCAAUUCCAUGAUGGAAGCCAGCUAAUGGUGGUUAACUGUUUUCCUCCCUGCCCUGAACCUGACCUUACCUUAGGAAUGCCACCACACUCGGAUUACGGAUUCCUAACCCUUCUUCUCCAGGAUGAAGUUCAAGGUUUACAAAUCCAAUACAAAGGAAAAUGGAUUACUGUUGAACCAAUGGCCAAUUCAUUUGUUGUUAACGUUGGUGAUCACCUUGAGAUAUUUAGCAACGGAAGAUACAAAAGUGUGCUGCAUAGAGUUUUGGUGAAUCCAUCAAAGCCUCGGCUAUCGGUAGCCACAUUGCAUAGUCUGCCUUUCGAUUGCAUGGUUGGACCGUCGCCGAAAUUGAUUGACGAAGCAAAUCCAAGACGCUACAAGGAUACAGAUUUUGCCACUUUUCUUGAACACAUCUCAUCUUGUGAGCCCAAGAAGAAGAAUUUCUUGGAAUCCAGGAAAUUGACCUGAAAAUAUUGGAGGUGGAACCCAGGAUUGGAAAUGUUUGUGUUGACUUUCGUUAUCAUAUGCAGACAUUAUUAGUUGAAGUGCUUGUAAUUGUUUUUUUUUUAUAUAUUUUUUCCUUAGGUCAACUAUAUGGAAAAGAAAAUACCCAAAAAUCUUAGCUUACCCUUUCCCUACGUAAUAAAUGCUACAGUUCCAAAGACGACCAAGACAAAUGGACAGUUAGAGUAUGUUGUGAAGAUCGUAGUAUUAAUAAUGAUAAAUUGUAUUAAAAGUAUACGAGGUGAAUUGUAAUUUUUUUUAUUUAUCAUCAAACUACUAUAUUUUUUGUGAA